GCGGAUGCUCGCAGGCUCCGUGCGUCCGCGGCUGGCUGCGCGCCGGGCCGGGCAGGGCUCGGCUCGGCCGGCGCCACGGGGCGCGCACACGGCCCCGGCCCGGGACCCGCCGCCGCCCGGGCUCCCGGCGAGCAGGCUGGGCUCUAGGACCUUCUCUCCAGGAGCUCCGAGCGGCUUCAGGAAGAGAGACCAUGACCCACCCGGAUGGCGAGCUGGAGAGAUGCCAGCCGCUGACGUUCCCAGCGCACGAGCUGGAGUGCAAGAUCUGCUACAAUCGCUACGACGCAUGGGCCCGCAAGCCCAAGCUGCUCAGCUGCUGCCACCGGGUCUGCGCAAAGUGCCUGCGCAAGAUGGUGACCAUGGGGGAGUCCUCGCCCUGCCUGCUCAGCUGCCCGUUCUGCCGGCAGGAGACCCAGGUCCCCGAGGAGGAUGUGCAGCUGCUCCAGGAUGACAGCAAGGUGCUGGCAGUGCUGACACACCACGAGCGGGCAAAGGAGCGAGGCACUCUGCCCUCCCCUGAGGUCAUCCUGUGCCCCAGCGUCCUGGAGCCCUCCCGCAGCUCCUCUGACUGCCUGGUCAUCACCAUCCUCCAGGUGCCAGAGGACGUGGCGCCCCCCGAAGGCCUGGGGAUGCUGGACAUGAUACGCCUGUACCGCCCCGGCAGCCUGGACUCGCUGCCCUGCCGCGGCCCCGUCCAGAACUGCCGCUCUUGCACCUGGCAUGCCAUACCCCACUUCAUCCUCUGGAUGCUAUGCCUCAUCUACUUCAGCUCCCUGCCCUUCGGCAUCUACCUCCUGCUCAUUGAGCGCCACAACCUGGGCAUCGUGCUGGUCAGCCUGGUGCCCUCCACCCUCAUUCUCUGUGUCUUCUACAGCUUCUGCCAGUGUCUGUGCCGCGAGAUCUUCGAGUUCCCCUCCACCUGAGCCUGCUGCUCCCCUGUGCCCUGUGCCUGGGGCCGGCCGAGAGCAUCCCCACUCAGGGCUCGCCAGCCCCCACAGUUAUUGCAGGGAGACGGGGAGAUGUCAGUGUGGGAGGGUCCAGGGGCAGGUGAGCGACUGGUUGGACAGGCCCACGAAGCGAGUACUGAGUACCUGUCGUCUUCCCUUGCAGAGAGGAGAUGUACUACAAAGCCGUGCACAACACUGCUAUCAUCUUCCUCCAAAACAACGCAGGCUUCACCAAGUGGGAGCCCACGCCGGAGCGGCUGCAGGAGCUUGUCACACCCUAUAAGCACUCGGGACGGACCCUCAGUUCCACAGGUUCCUCCUCCACCUCCUCUUCCUCCUCCACUUCUUCCUCAACAGCAGAUAAAGAUCGGGAGACGGGUGGAGAGCAAAGCACCAGCCAGGAGACCAAUGCCAAUUAAUCUGCAGAGGGCAGUGUGCGGGGACAGGCAGCAGGGGCGAAGGUAACAGUGCUCCAGAGGAGGGGAGGUUCGAUGUGGCAGGUGGAGAGACUGCUGGCUAUGCAGUGCCGUGCCAGGCCUGGGGGACUCUCUUCAGGCAGCUCCACCCUGCUUGCUUUCCUCUGUCAACCUGCAAGGCCCCUUUCCUCACCAGAGUCGAGGGAGAUUCCCUCGCCUUAUGCCCUGUGGGAAGACAAUCGGUUGCUGUCCUCAACAAGGGGCAAAGAAGCCAAACGCCACAGACAUAGGAAGAGUCUGCAGCCCCUUCAAACACUAAAGCUCUGAGGAAGAGGCAGCUGGAGCUGGGACGGCUGCACGGAUGAAGGAGGGACGGACGGACGGACUGACAGAGCUGUGGCCUAGAAGGUCCCUGGCAGCUGGCUGAAGCCUGUCAUUUCCAAGAGAAAAGCCGGCAGGGUCCAGAGGCUCUUCCUGCCGGCCUGGCACCACCAGCCCAGCUCCGUGUCCAUAGUGUAAAUAGUUCUGUCCGUGGCGACCAUGCCCCCUGCAGGGUUUGUUUCCGUAGCAUCCAUGUUUCCUUUCCACAUGUGCGAGUUCCGUGUUUGCCGAAGCUGUUUACCGUAUACAAGAAAAGCAGAGAAAAGGAAUUUCUUUUUGUGUGUAAAAACGUCUUUGCAGCUGUUUUGUAGUCGUUGUGGUUUUUACCCAGAGCCCGCUGGGCUUUAUUUAACCUCCUUGGGUUUUGUUUUUUAAAGGAUUAAUUUAACACCGCUAACCGUUUUAUUACUUUUAUCAAAGAAAGCAAAGUAAAGUCUAUUUUUGAUUUUUGUUUCCUAGUUCUUAGGGACAUUAAAAACCAGCAUUACAGCUCCCCCUGGUGUCGGUGCUGUUCCUCCUCUGUGGGGCCUGGGACUGUCUGUGGGAGGCAAGGCCUGCCCUGCCUGCCCUCAGAUUCACCCUCUUCUGCU